AAGCCUUGAGUGUAAUCUGCUAAGGCUAUUGUUAUCAAUUGGCCUAGAAAAUUUACAUUAAAAUUACCAUAUUAAGGGAACUAAUAGCGUUUCGCCAAUAUAAACAUAUGAUAAACACAAUAUCUAACCAAACAAUGUACAGCGUAUAUUAAUGGUUUAAAAUAUUAACCGUGUCUAUUAUCUUAAGAGGUUAUAGAUAAAUUAUGUGUUUCGAUUCAACUAACCGACAUUUCUUAAUGGAAGUUUGUAUAAAACAGACUAAUUUUUAUUCCACUGUAAUAUUUUUUUAUAAAUAUGGCAACCCUAAAAGUGUUAAUUUUUUUAAUAUUUAUAAACCGGUGUUUUGCAAGUCAUCUGUCCGAAGAUGGGAGAUUGAAUUUUCUCGAACUGGCAACAAAAUACGGUCAUAAUGCAAUUCAGUAUAUUGUGAACACAGAAGACGGUUAUAUAUUGAAAAUCUUUCGUAUACCGGGUAAGAGGAAAAUACCAAUAUUAUUAAUGCAUGGAUUGGCUGAUACUUCAGAUACUUGGGUAAUACGAGGAAAUUCUUCACUGGCAAUAACGCUCGCCAACGAUGGUUAUGAUGUAUGGGCUGGCAACGUUAGAGGUAAUAAAUACGGUAGAAAUAAUAUCUACCUGAAUCCAGAUACAGAUAAAGAAUUCUGGAAUUUCAGUUUCCAUGAAUACGGAUUUUACGAUUUAGCAGCAAUCAUAGAUACCAUUUUAAAUAUCACUAAAGUUAGUCAAAUAAACGCCAUCGGACAUUCACAAGGAAAUGCAAUAUUCUACGUUUUAUGUUCAUUAAAACCUGAAUACAAUAAGAAAAUUAAUUUUUUAAUAGCGUUAGCGCCCAUUGCGUUCUUGCAAAACAUAAAACCACCGUUAAAAGAUAUUAUAGAAAUAUCUCCAAUAAUAAAUAAACUCUCGCAAAUAUUAAAUAUACGCGAAUUAUUUAAAAAGGAUUCCGUUCUAAUCGAUAUUUGGCAAUUUUUAUGCCCAGAACCGAUAAUCGGUUAUAUUUCUUGUGUGAAAAGUGUAAUAUUUCCGAUUGCCGGUUACGAUAGUGAAGAAUUGGAAUCAAAUUUCGUACCAACUUUGGUUGGACAUUUCCCAAAUGGUGUGUCAGAGAAAAAUUUAUACCAUUUCGCACAAGUUAGUUUAAGGAGAAAAUUUGCACAAUACGAUUAUGGAGAAAAUAAUAUAGCUAUAUACAAUAGUGAGGAACCACCGCAAUAUAAUUUAAGUGCGGUUACAACAAAAAUUUAUUUGUUUGCUGGCGCUAACGAUAAAUUAGCUACGUUAGAAGAUGUCGCUAUAUUAAGGGAAAAAUUACCAAAUGAUGAAUAUCUUUUACUACCGAGAAGGAAAAUGAAUCACGCCGAUUUCAUCUGGGGUCGGCACAUGUAUGAAUAUUUGUUCCCAUAUAUUUUUAAAGUGUUAAGAAAUUUCUAGAAUGAGACUCAAAGUAUUGUAAAUGCAAUAAACGUUUU